AUUACAUAAGCGUCUGCGCGCGGAGAUGUGCGACGCGGAGAAUGAGUGUGGCCAGCUUUAAUAAUUUGGUUGAAACCUUAAAACCACAUAUAAAAAAGCAAUAUACCAAAUUCAGGAACCCUUUAGAACCAAUUGAAAUGAUUGGUAUUACAUUGAGGUACUUAGGCAGCGGAAAUUCGAUAAACGACUUGCAUUUCAAAUUUAAACGUGGAAGAGCAACAAUUUCUAGAACUAUUUCGUCAGUUUGUCAAGCUAUAUGGAAAUAUGUUCGACCACUGUACAUAGAAGAGAUCACAGUAGAAAAACUACAAAAUAUUGCAUUAGAUUUUGAUCUCAAAGCUAACUUUCCUCAUUGCUUCGGGGCAAUUGAUGGGAAACAUAUACGUUUAAUAAAACCAGACAAAAGUGGCUCUCUGUUUUAUAAUUAUAAAAAAUAUUUUUCAAUUGUUUUGCUGGCGGUUGUUGACUCAAAUUAUAAGUUUGUUUUUGUCGACGUGGGUGCAUAUGGUAAGGAAAGUGAUUCUACUAUUUUUAGAAAUUCGACACUGUACAAGAUUUUAAUGAGAAAUGAAUUACCAUUGCCUGAUCCUCAACCACUUGGAAAUGAUCAUAAUAACGAGCCACCCAUCCCUUAUGUACUCGUCGGUGAUGAAGCUUUUGGUUUAAGUAAGCAUGUUAUGCGCCCAUACGGCGGAUCCAAUCUCAAUGUGAAACAAAGAGUUUAUAAUUAUCGCCUUAGCAGAGCACGUAGAUACGUGGAAUGUGCAUUUGGGAUCAUGGCAAAUAAAUGGCGCAUUUUACAUAGGCCAAUUGAUACGUCAUAUGAUUUAACUAUUAAUAUUGCGAAAGCAUGUUGUGUUUUACACAAUUUUGUUAUACAACACGAUGGGUUAAAACAACAAGACAAUAUGGCAAUAAGUAGGUUCUCACAAUUGAGACCCCAUAGCAAUGAAGAAUCAUUAGCCGAAAAUUUUAUCAGAGAUCAAUUUGCUAAUUACUUUAUGAGUCCAGAAGGGGCUUUACCAUGGCAGUUGAAAAAGAUAUAAAUUAACUUAUGUAUUGAAUUUACAAAUAAUAUAAUAAAUAACAACUCACCAA